AUCAUUCUUCUUGUAUAAAUUCUCUUCUUCCUAAGCUCUUUUUAAAAGCAAAACAAAUAUAUCCUACCUUACCAAAAACAUACAUAUUCAACAAUUUUAUAAUAUAUGGGGAAAGAAAGACUAAGCAAUUGCAUGGUCAUGCUCAAGCUUAUCAUGAGAAAGCUUAAGAGUACUCAUCUUGAACUAAUUCCCAAAUAUUCCAAUAGAUGUCAAUUUGAUGCUAUUGUGGAAACCCCAAAAGCAAAUAAUGAAGUGGUACCAAAUGACGUUAAAGAAGGACACUUUGCUGUACUUUCAGUAAAUCCAGAGGAGGAGCCAAAGAGGUUUAUUGUGGAACUCCAUUGUCUCAAUAAUCCAUCAUUCUUGAAAUUACUAAAACAAGCUGAAGAUGAAUAUGGAUUCCAACAAAAGGGAGUUCUUGAAGUUCCUUGUCACGCCGCGGAGUUACAAAAGAUUUUGGAGGCUUCCGCUUUACACACAGAAGAUUGAAAUGUCUGAAUCACGAGUUUUAUAUACUAUAUGUUACAAUCACCUCAUGUUGAUAAAAAGUGAAUUGGAACUCUAAUAUUGGAAAUUAAGAUAGUUUCUUCUAUGCUAGCUAUAGCUAGGUUAAAAUUUCAAACUUCUUUUUUUCUUCAAGUUUGUCUAAUUUUGGACUUAGUUAUAUAUAUAUUAC